AUGGACGACCAGGGUAAGGCAGAUGCCUUGGCCAGCUAUUUUGGCAGUAUACACCGAAUAGAUGACGAUAUGCCCAGAAUUCUGAAGCUAAGAUCCUCACCGCCAGAAGUUGAAGAGAUCUGGCUAUCGGUAGAGGUAGUGCGUCAGCAUUUGGAGGGUCUAGAUAUCCAUAAAGCGGCUAGACCGGAUGAGAUUCAUACAGCUAUUAUCAAGCCCAUAGCAGAUAUUCUCGCAGGACCGACGUAA